UGUCAGCUGCUUAGGGCCAGAUCUGAAGCUGAAGCGCCAUGAUGACCGCCGAGACCCUGACAGAGUCAGGCGGAGAAUAUGAAUACCCUGCCAGCUUUUUGCCACGAGCAUCGGCAUCUUCCCCCGGGCGGAGUCGCUUGGAUAGCAAGGUGUUGGACCUGGAGAUGGACCGCUCCCUGCAGCGCCUGGCCGCGUGCCGCGUCACCGCGGAGGCCGCCAGCCAGGUGGUGGCCAUCCUCGCGGACGCCGGCUCCAGGCUGCAGCGAUGCUCAUGCCAGAAGACUGCGGCUCCAGCAGGGUGCCUAAAGCAAGAAGAAGAUGCUGUCGCGGCCGCUGCGCAGUCGUUUCUGGACGCGUGCGGCGGGCUGGGGGCAAUGCUUAUCGGCAUGGCGUCGGCCAUUAGCCAAAACAUCAUGCAGCCCAUGGAGACCUUCCAGCGCCAUGCAGGUGCAGACCACAACAGGAAGGCGGACAGGCUGGAGGAGCUGCGGCUCAAAGAGCUGAGCUGCUCCAACGCGAUCACGGAGAGCUUGCAGAAGCGCGACCGCGCACGAAUGGGCCUGCAGACCGCGAUGCGUGACCAGGAGAAGACGGAGAGAAAGGCCGGGGAGAAGAAGAAGGGCCUCGCCCGGUUCACUCGGAGCGAUGGGGAGAAGGAGAUUGCCGCCGCGGAGCACAAAGUGCAAAAGGCAGCGUCAGCUCAAACUGCCUCCAUCGAGGAACUGGCGGUGCGCACGGAGGAGGCCAACGAGGCCCGGGUGCUGCGGGAGAAGGCCUCCAAAGACGCGAGCCUCCUCCUCUCCUGCAUGGACUUCGUGCGCGGCAGGCUGCUGGCGCGGUGCCUCCGCAGCUGCGCCGUGGCCUGGGCUGAGGCCGCCCAGGAGCUGCGACGGAGCGAGGACCAGAUGCAGAAGCAGGCUUCGAAGCUGCGGAGCCUUCGGCUUCAAGGUGAGCUCCCGGAGCUUCCCGGCUGGGCAUUGGAGGUGCUGCAGGUGAAGAAGCGUCCGGUAUGCCUGGCCGACCUUGAUGCCAAUGUCGAUGUGACUGAUGAGGAGCUUCCCGAAUCUCCAUUCACAGCCCCUUCGCCAUCAUUGAAGUCUCCCCUCUCAUCAGGGCCAGCGCUGGCAGAUCUGCUGAGCGAGCGGGGCCUCAAGCCGCGCCGCGGCUCUGCGCCGGCCAUGUUCACCGCUUGGCCCAGCCAGGAGCCCUCCUCGCCAUUUGAGUAGCGCAAC